UUUAAUUGACUGUUAACAGGUUUAAAGAUCAAAAAGCCCUUGGUGAAGUUAUAAAAGAACUGACAUUUCGUAGUUCCAAAGCGUUGAAUUCAGGACUAGAAAUUGUUUAUAGAAUAGGUUUCUCCGAUAUAGACAAGAGAAAAAUGAUUGCUGAGGUCGACAAACUAAAUUUCUCGUACCGUUCUUUGAACCACCAGAACAUUCCAGCAAUCGCCAUCUACCAAUCGCCAUCACCAACAAUGUUGAAAUAUAAGCUGAUGAAGACAGGUGGAGACAGUGAUAAAUACCAACUUAUAGAACCUGGUGGGGAAAUUUACUUCCCGGGGGACGAACUCUUCUUUCCUGCUGAUAAAUCGAUAUCUAGUACAAAAUCUUCGACACAAGAGAAAAAUCUACCAUUAAAUGUAAAAAAAGAAGAAAAUAUUGCUGAAGUUAUAAGUGAACUGGAUACUACUUCACAAGUUCCUUCAUCCACAGCAGAGGAGACACAAGACAGUGACCCAACUAAAAAGGCUGAUUUCUUUUGGGCCCCUAAGGAACUUUUGCCCAAGGUGGCGAAGUCUUUGUUUAUGUGCAAGCUUGUGAAGAGCGACAGCACCACAGAGUCGGACCCAUGUGCGCUUCUAGAGUCCACCAUUUCUCUUAUCAGCAAUUUAGUAUUUAAGUAUAUCACUUCAGUCACAAACAAUAACCAACACCAAGUAAUUGUGGGGCUCGAGUUGGACAACAGACAUCUGAAGCUUGGGACGGGCGUGGCAAGAAACAUUCAAAAUGCCAAACUGAUAGCAGCUCACAAGUCAGUGCACAUGUUACAGGAGCACUGCAAAGUUAUUGUGCCGAAUUUCCAUUACUUUGCAGAGGGUGGAGUUCCGCAGUUCAUACAGAAUAGUUCUCCCAGGUUGACAAAUGUUUAUGAAAUUGCUAGUAAAGGCUCAGAUCAACCAGGAUUUUACUCGAUGUUACAACGUUUCAUGAGUAAUAAACUUCAAGAUUUGUUUUUUCUCUCUUCAGAAUUUUCCAAUACAGAGAGAAAUGGAAUUGUAAAUUUUUGCAGAUCUUGUACUCUGAAUGGAUUGGGGUGGAGAUUGUUCGGUCCAGUUGGGCCCCGACUGGGGCCAGAAGAUCUUGUCACAACCCAAAACGUUUGCGUGUACAAGAAGAAGAGCUUAAUGACCUUGGUAAAGGAGUUAAUAGUCAGUGGUGGAGUCACUGAAAAGUAUCAUUACUACACUGUGAAAGCUGGAGAGAGUAUACGAAAUAUAACAGAAACAAUAAUGAAAAAUGAAGAAGACUUGAAAAGAAGUCAGAACUGCCUUGAUGAUUGUCCUGACUACUACAACUCGUCUUGCGCUAAAAAAAAACUUGUGCCAGCUACGCCAUGA